GGCGGCCAUUGCUCCAAGAUGGCGGCGGCGGCGGCGGCGGCAGGGCAGAUGACCCAAGGUGAAGCCACUCUUCUUGAUCACCCUCAGCCUGAAACCUAGGGAGGAUGCCCUGGACGCCCCAGCUAGGGUCUGACAUCAGGCCCCAUGCGGCUCACCCGCUGCUGGGCUGCCCUGGCAGCCGCCAUCAUCCUCAACCUCCUAGUCUUCUUCUAUGUGUCAUGGCUACAACAUCAGCCCAGAAACUCCCGGGCCCGGGGUCCCCGCCGGACUUCUGCCAUUGGCCCCCGAGUCACCGUCCUGAUUCGGGAAUUUGAGGCUUUUGACAACGCGGUGCCAGAGUUAGUGGAUUCCUUUUUGCAGCAGGACCCAGCCCAGCCCGUGGUAGUGGUGGCCGACACACUCCCUUACCCACCCCUGGCCUUGCCUCGCAUCCCCAACGUUCGCCUGGCUCUGCUCCAGCCAGCCCUGGACCGGCCAGCGGCGGCCUCGCGCCCGGAGACCUACGUAGCCACCGAGUUUGUGGCUCUAGUGCCUGAUGGAGCGCGGGCCGAGUCACCAGGCCACCUGGAGCGAAUGGUGGAGGCGCUCCGAGGGAGCAGCGCGCGCCUAGUGGCCGCCCCGGUCGCCACCGCCAACCCAGCGCGGUGCCUAGCUCUGAAUGUCAGCCUACGGGAGUGGACUGCGCGCUACGACCCAGCGCCCAGCGCGCCCCGCUGCGACGCUUUGGAUGGCGACGCUGUGCUGCUGAUGCGCUCCCGCGACCUCUUCAACCUCUCGGUGCCCCUGGCGCGGCCGCUGGCCACCAGCCUCUUCCUACAGACCGCCCUGCGCGGCUGGGCAGUGCAGCUGCUGGACUUGACCUUCGCCGCGGCGCGCCAGCCACCGCUAGCCACCGCCCACGCGCGCUGGAAGGCGGAACGUGAGGGGCGCUCACGGAGAGCGGCGCUGCUGCGUUCUUUGGGAAUCCGCCUGGUGAGCUGGGAAGGCGGGCGGCUAGAGUGGUUUGGCUGCAGCAAGGAGAGCGCGCGCUGCUUCGGUACGGUGGCGGGCGACACACCCGCCUACCUGUAUGAGGGCCGCUGGACCCCACCUUGCUGCCUGCGCGCGCUGCGCGAGACUGCGCGCUACGUGGUGGGCGUGCUGGAGGCGGCGGGCGUGCGCUACUGGUUGGAGGGCGGCUCGCUGCUCGGUGCAGCUCGCCACGGCGACAUCAUCCCAUGGGACUACGACGUAGAUCUGGGCAUCUACCUGGAGGACGUGGGCAACUGCGAGCAGUUGCGGGGUGCCGAAGCUGGCUCGGUAGUGGAUGAACGCGGCUUUGUGUGGGAGAAGGCGGUGGAGGGCGACUUCUUCCGAGUACAGUACAGCGAGAGCAACCACCUGCACGUGGACCUGUGGCCCUUUUACCCCCGCAAUGGGGUUAUGACCAAGGACACUUGGCUGGACCACCGGCAGGAUGUUGAGUUCCCAGAGCACUUCCUGCAGCCACUGGUCCCCCUGCCCUUUGCGGGUUUCAUGGCACAGGCCCCUAACAACUACCGCCGCUUCCUGGAGCUGAAGUUUGGGCCUGGGGUCAUCGAGAACCCAGAGUACCCCAACCCUGCACUCUUAAGCUUGACAGGCGGUUGAAGCCCUGGUACCCACAUCUGGGGCUAGGUGAAUAGUAGGGUACAAGAGUCUGUUCUUGCCUCGGAUUCUCUAUGGAUCUGAACCAGUUUGUGAUUGGGUAGUGGGGCUGUGCACUAGAGGAAAAAAAAAAAGUGAACUGGCCAAGGAAAAUUGGAGGGAACACACAGGACAGUUUCAGCUUUGGCAGGAAGCAGAACCCAAAAACUGGAGUAACUCAUCCUCAUGAGGGAGCAAAGUGGUGGCCUUUGAUAGAAAAGCCCAGGGAGUCUUUAGGGCUCUGCAUAGUCUCUGCCCUAUAUUCCAAGAGCUGUAGGCCCUUGGAAAGUGAGGUCCGGAGAACAGACGAGCCAGCCUCAGUCUACCACAUACAACUUAGGUAUCCCUGGACCAGUUAGUUACCCAGUCUAUUUAAUUUGAGAUACCGAAUGCCUGCCUCCCUUUGUGUUUAGGAUCCUCAGGACGCUUGGGUGUAGUGCUUGCUUCCUCCACUAGAGGGCACUUCUGUCCCGCUUCAUUUCGUGUUUGAUGGCCGCUCGCGGCUCUGCUUCAUCACCUUCAUCUCUGGUUUUCUUGGAGUGGCUCUGGGAGGUGGGACAGCACUGGCCACCUCCUCUCCUCCCUGAAUGUGGCACUUUUCUUUGAGAGUGCUGCUUGAUAUAUCUGCUGCUUCUAACCCCAUCUUGCUCUUGGAGGACUGACUGGGCUCUCUCUGGUUUGGGAUCUCUGGCCAAUGCAUUACCUCUUUAUUUCAGUUCUCUGCACCUGUUCCUCGCCUUCCCCCCUCCCUUCUAGGAAGGGAUUAAACCUUCGCCAUAGCUCACAUUUACAAAGAGCUUUCGGGCCCAGGCAUACACUCGGAAGUGACAGCUGCUAUUACAUCCAUUUUCCGGGGAGGAAAACUGAGGCCAAAAUGACAGUCACUUGCCAGCAGUCAGAUAUUUAGGAAGUGGCUAGUAAGGGACUUGAAUUCAGAUCACCGUUUCAAAGCCCACACUUCAUUUCCUCUCUAGGUUCUGCUGUAGAAAUAGUACCCAAGUGGAGCCUUGCCAUGGCUGUGCCACUUAAACAGGUUUAAAAAAAAUUCUCAUUUAAAUUAUGCAUAUAAAUUAUGUUCAAACCAGUCUGUAUAUUGUUAAAUAAGACUUAAAUUAUGCUACUUUAAAGUUUAAAAAUUCAAGAUGAAUAGA